AUGCAAAAAAUAUUGGAUGAAGGUUUGAAGGUUGCAAGCAGAGAACAGGAAGAGUCGGAUGCAAUUAAAAUCCUUAGCAACGAAUUCACUAGCUUGACAAGUGAGGACAAGAGAAAACUUCGUUUGUUCUUCCCAGCUGUCUUAGAAACACUCGAUUCAAGUUCCCAGGUCCGUUCCUUUAUACUUUACUGA